UGAGGCCGUCCAUGAUGCAGCACCUGCUGAGACGCUUGGUGUUUGAUGUUCCUCUCCUCAACGAACACACCAAGAUGCCUCUCAAGCUGUUGACCAAUCACUACGAGCGUUGUUGGAAGUACUACUGUUUGACGGGCGGUUGGGGGAGCUUCGGUGCGUCGUCGGACGAAGAGCUGCAUCUCUCCAGGAAGCUGUUCUGGGGCGUCUUUGAUGCUCUGUCUCGCAAGAGCUAUGAUCAGGAGCUGUUUAAGCUGGCUCUGCCGUGUCUGAGUGCUGUUGCCGGGGCGCUACCUCCUGACUACAUGGAGAGUAACCACGUGGCCGUGAUGGAGAAACAAUCCUCUAUGGACGCCGAGGGAAACUUCAACCCACAGCCAGCGGACACCACCAAUGUGAACGUCCCGGAGAAACUGGAUUACUUUGUCAAUAAAUAUGCCGAGCAUUCCCAUGAGAAGUGGUCCAUGGACAAGUUUUCCAACGGCUGGGUUCACGGGGACAAGGUCUGUGAGACCUCUAAAGCCCACCCUCUCCUCAAGCCAUAUAAAGGGCUGUCAGAGAAGGAUAAAGAGUCGUACCGCUGGCCUAUCAAGGAGUCUCUGAAGACGAUGGUAGUGUGGUGCUGGAGCAUAGAGAGGACCAGGGAGGGAGACCCAGCCAGCCUGCACAACAGAGCACGUAGGAUCUCUCAGAUCAGCCAGCAACACUCUGUCGAAGGAGCUCCAGGUUUCAGCCCCAGACCCAUCGACAUGAGCAAUGUGACACUGUCCCGGGACCUGCAUUCUAUGGCAGAACUGCUUGCAGAGAACUAUCAUAAUAUUUGGGCGAAGAAGAAGAAACUUGAACUAGAAGCCAAAGGAGGGGGGAACCAUCCAUUACUGGUGCCCUAUGACACGCUCACUGCCAGAGAGAAAUCCAAAGACAGAGGAAAAGCCCAAGACAUUCUCAAGUUCUUUCAGAUAAAUGGCUACACUGUAUCCAGGGCCAUGAAAGAGCAGGAGCUGGAUACUCCCUCCAUAGAGAAGCGCUUUGCCUACACCUUCCUGCAGCAGCUCAUCACUUAUGUAGACCAGGCCCACGAACACAUGCUGGAGUCUGACGUUGGGACACCACCAAAAGGAGAGAGCAUUCCUCACGAGCAGCAGAUUAAGUUUUUCGGAAAGGUGGUCCUGCCAUUGGUCGACCAGUACUUCAAGAAUCACCGCCUCUACUUCCUGUCCACGGCCAUCCGACCAAUCAGCAGCGGGGGCCACGCCUCCAAUAAGGAGAAGGAGAUGGUGACAAGUCUGUUCUGCAAACUGGGACUUCUUGUCAGACAUAGGAUAUCAUUGUUUGGAAGCCAUGCUACCUCCAUAGUCAACUGUCUUCACAUACUAGGCCAGACACUGGACGCCAGGACGGUGAUGAAGACGGGUCUGGAGAUGGUGAAGGCGGCGUUGAGGGCGUUCUUCGACAACGCAGCGGAGGACUUGGAGAAGACUUUAGAGAACCUGAAACAGGGCCAGUUCACUCACAGUCACUCCCAGCCCAAAGGAGUAACUCAGAUCAUCAACUACACCAGCGUAGCCCUGCUCCCUGUCCUCUCCUCCCUGUUCGAACACAUCGGACAGAACCUCUUUGGGGAAGACCUCAUAUUGGAUGAUGUCCAGGUGUCGUGUUAUAGGAUACUCAACAGCCUGUAUAGUCUUGGUACCAACAACAGCAUCUAUGUAGAAAGGUAA